UGUAGUGCGAUACGAAGUGAAAGACAAAAAUAGACUGAUAAUGGAUGACUUUGCAAGGCAAGGUUUGGAAGCAAGUAAGGUUUAACCAACAAAAAUCCAGCGAUCCAGCGAAAUAUUUACCCUUCCAAAUAGAGGCGAUGCCACUGGCAAUGCCGUUGUUUGGAUUUACAAGUGAUUAUCGAGGGGGUAAUUCGAGUUACUUAAAUUUCUUUCAAUUCCGCACGAAUCUGUUUCUGCGUUGAUCAUAAUCGCGUUGGUGAGCAAUUGAGUGGUGAAAAGUAGAUAAGGGCAACCUUUUGUCAACUAGUGCCCUUGACACUUCGAUAAGAUGUUUCUCUUUGCAAGAUGAGGUUAACGUUUAGUGUUGUAACUUUAAUCUAUUUAUCGUGGGAUUUUCAAGAAUGUUUUACUGCUUCGGUUACAAAUAAAACUGUUACCUCGGAUAUAUACAGACCGCAAGGUCCCUUGGUUAUGUGCAAUUUUCUACCCAAAGAAUUCAUUGAAUGCGCUGAACCCGUCGAUCACAAUGGUAAUAAAACAGCAAAGGAUGAGCUUGGAUAUGGCUGUGUCAAGUUUGGUGGUUCUCGAUACGAGGAUGUCGAACAAACAAAAGUAUCUUGUGAAGUUUUGGAAAACAUCGAGUGCUACGGAGAUCGGAAGUUUUUUAGAGAAGGUGUCCCUUGUAUAAAGUACAGUGGACAUUACUUCACAACUACACUACUUUAUAGUAUUUUGCUAGGCUUUCUUGGCAUGGAUAGGUUUUGCUUAGGUCAAACAGGAACUGCUGUUGGUAAGCUGUUGACGCUGGGUGGCGUAGGUGUGUGGUGGGUUGUGGAUGUUAUCUUAUUAGUAACAAAUUCCUUACAACCAGAAGAUGGAAGUAAUUGGAGUCCAUACGUCUGAUUAUAGAAUUUAGGGUAAAUUAUGCUACAUUAUUACUAAGUAUUAACUAAUUAUACAUAUGAUUAUAUUAUAUAUAUAUAAAUAUAUAUUACACAUAAGUUAUUAAUGCGUCUGCGCUUCAUAUUAGACUUGAAGUGAUUCUAAUUUCAGAUAAAAUAAUGAUUUGGGACACACAGUUCGAUUUUGAGAUUCUUUGUCAAAUGUAACUUUAUCUGACAUUAGGAAUAUUGUUGACAGAUUAAACCACUGAAGUAUGUAAGCGUGAGAAUAUCAAUUACAAAUAUGAAUGUUACUAUACUACUGUGAUGCAUAAAUUUAAUACAAAAAAUUUCUGAUA